CCAGGAGACCGGAGGAUAUAAAGAAGGUGAUUGUACAGAUGAUCAGCCAUCUCCACCAUGAAGGCCCUGGUGCUGUGUACUCUCGUGGCCGCUGUCGCCGCCUGGCCCUACCUGGGCUUCCAGAACGACGGUGCAGGUGGAGCAUCUACCGCACAGAAACAGCACGACGUAAAUUAUCUGCUGUGGAAGGUUUAUGAAGACGUUCAAGAUGACAACCUGAAGCAGCUCGGGGAGGUCUUCGACCCUGAGGCCGACACAUCUCACUACAGUGACGAUGGCGCCGCUGCUCACAAGCUGGUGAAAGAACUGAAGGAAGGGAGACUUCUGGAACAGAAACACUGGUUCUCCCUCUUCAAUAAUCGACAACGUGAAGAAGCCCUUUGGCUCUAUGAUGUCCUGGAACACAGCACGGACUGGAACACAUUCGUCGGCAAUGCUGCUUAUUUUCGACAUUACGUUAAUGAAGGAGAGUUUGUGUAUGCUUUGUAUGCUGCAGUGACCCACUCUCCACUCACUCAUGACGUUGUUCUUCCACCACCUUAUGAAGUCACUCCACAUUUGUUCACUAACAGUGAAAUUAUCCAGGAAGCCUACCAUGCCAAGAUGACCCAAACACCAGGAAAAUUCAGGUCAGAAUAUUCUGGCAGCAAAAGGAACCCAGAGCAGCGUGUGGCCUACUUCGGUGAAGACAUUGGCCUGAACACCCACCACGUCACUUGGCAUUUGAACUUCCCCUUUUGGUGGAACGAUGCUCACGAAGGUCACCACAUAGCUCGCAAGGGUGAGAACUUCUUCUGGGUACAUCAUCAGCUUACAGUCCGCUUCGACGCAGAGCGUCUUUCCAACUACUUGAGUCCCGUGGACGAGCUUCAUUGGGAUAAACCUCUCAAAGAAGGGUUUUCUCCUCAUACGACUUAUAAAUAUGGAGGCAACUUCCCAUCUCGUCCAGAUAAUGUGAACUAUGAAGAUGUGGAGGGCAUUACUCGUGUUCGCGAUUUGGUUCUAUCUGAGAGCCGUAUCUUUGAUGCCAUUGCUCAUGGGUAUGUCAUUGCCAAGGAUGGUACCAAAAUAGAUAUUAAGAACAGCCGCGGAGUUGAAAUCCUAGGUGAUCUCAUUGAAGCAUCUGAAUACAGUCCAAACUUCGCAUAUUACGGUUCGAUCCACAACCUUGCUCACAUAAUUAUAGGUCGCCAGGGAGACCCUCAUGGAAAGUAUGACCUUCCCCCAGGUGUCCUGGAACACUUUGAAACUGCCACCCGCGACCCCAGCUUCUUCAGGUUCCACAAAUACAUGGAUAACAUGUUCAGAGAACAUAUUGACAGCUUUGCACCAUAUACUAAGGAACAAUUAGAGUUCAGUGGUGUGGCCGUUGACAACUUUGCCAUUGACGGGAAAUUAGAAACGUUCUUUGAAGAUUUUGAAUACAGCCUUCUCACUGCUGUGGAUGAUGCUCCCGGAAUAGAAGACGUCGAUAUAUCAACCGUCGUGUCUCGUCUAAACCACAAGGACUUUUCCUUCAAUAUUGACGUCACCAACAAUCAUGAAGAAGAAGUUCUGGCAACAGUGCGCAUCUUCGCCUGGCCCCACCGUGACAACAAUGGUAUUGUCUUCCCAUUCGACGAGGGACGCUGGAGAGCCAUCGAGCUGGACAGGUUCUGGACCAAACUGAGUGCUGGAGUGAACCACAUCGUGCGCAAGUCUAAGGACUCGUCAGUGACAGUCCCCGACGUGCCCAGUUUCCAGACCCUGAUACAGAAGGCUAACGAGGCGCUCGCCUCAGGCAGCGAGCUCAACCUUCGUCAGUAUGAGAGUGCCCUUGGACUGCCCAACAGGUUCCUGCUGCCCAAGGGUAAUUCUAAUGGUAUGGAGUUCGACCUGGUGGUGGCUGUGACCGACGGAAAGGCUGACGCUGCUGUAGAUGAUCUACACACAAACACCAAAUUCAACCACUAUGGCUACCGAGGAGUGUAUCCCGACAAUCAACCACACGGCUACCCCCUGGAUCGUCGUGUUGACGAUGAACGCAUCUUCCAAAGUCUUUCUAACUUCAAACAAAUCCUAGUCAAAAUCACCCAUCAGUAAUUGCUGCCCAAACAACAGUGAUGUUAGUGAAUUUACAUUACAAUGAAAAUUCUUUGUCUCUUUAGUUUCACCAAUUAACACACAAGGCCUUGACUAUUUAUAUUGCAUAUUUGCACAUCUGUGCAUAAAUGAUUGCAUUUUCGAUGGACUGUUAUUCUUUCAAACAUGAAAAUAAAGCUCUGUACAACAAC